AUGACCACGGUGUUUAAAGAAUACAAAUAUACAGACACAAUAACAGCACCGACUAUGUAUCAUCAUUCAAUGGGUUUGGAAGGAGAUCAAAAUGCUGUCAUGUCUGAGAUGAUCAUGACGGAUCCACAGGAUAUCAAUGUUAAUGCCGAUGAUAACGGGUUUGCCUCUCCUAUCAAACCAGCUCCAUUUUAUACUACUCCAACGGAUGCCAUGUACUAUACCAAUAACUUCAAAGAUUAUGCGGGCUAUAUCAUCAACCCAUCUAUGUACCAACCGUAUACCCUACCAGCAACGACAGCAGCAUGUUCCACAGGCGAAACGUCUUUCAAUCAAAUGAUGGACCCAUCAAUGCUCGGCCAGAACACUAGCAGUGCACCGUUCUACAGUUCGACAUUCAACUACCCGACCUACGACUACUCGUCACCGUUGAUACCGAGGGUUCCCGGAUCGGCACCGGGGACUGGAGCUGGGGCAGCAUGUUCGACGAGUACUUCGUCGACGAGCUCGAACGGAUCAGCACAAUCGACGACAGCAACACGGACCGAAGGACGAGAAUGCGUGAACUGUGGAGUUCAAGCCACCCCGCUAUGGAGGCGAGACGGGACCGGUCACUACCUCUGCAAUGCUUGUGGUCUUUACCAUAAGAUGAACGGACAAAAUAGGCCGUUAGUGAAGCCGAAGAAGCGGCAGAGCGCUCAAAAACGAACAGGUGUCGCAUGUGUGAACUGCAAGACGAACACAACGACAUUAUGGAGGAGAAAUGGAGGUGGUGAACCGGUCUGUAAUGCCUGUGGACUCUAUUACAAGCUGCAUCAGGUAGAAAGACCACUUACAAUGAAGAAGGACGGUAUACAGACGAGGAAUCGGAAGAUGUCGACGAAGGGGAAGAAGCCAAAGGCUGAAGACGCGUCAGCAUGGGGCAACAUGAAGCCAGCACCGAUGUAUGAUAUGAAAUUAAUGCCUACACCGUACUUCCCUGGACAGCCCACCUAUCCAACGGGACUAUUCUUCCAGCAAUAGUUACAGCUUCCCGAAAGGAGCAGCUGUCCCUAUUCACUUCUCGCCCGAGUUUCUCCCCGUGCCUACUAUUACUAUCACUUUUGCCUAUAAUUUUGUACCAAUUUUCCGAUACUCGUCUAGAGUUGUGAUUUGCUCGAAGUCCACACAUAGAGAUAUACAAGCAUAUCCUUCCUUGCCCAUAGACGGCUGUCCAGUAGGAGAAUUUCCAGUUCCAAAUACGCAAUUGCACACAUGUUUCCUCAAUGUGCAGUUGUGCUAU